UACAUUCCCCAGCUCCUCGAUCUCAGUCCCGGCAGGAUCAAAUUCUAAUCUCCCUUUGGCAAGGCUGCUGUUUUUGGAUUUUGUUUCUGGAUUUUUUAUUCCAGCUCUAAGGUUUGCCUUCGAUGGAACUCAUUGCCCCAAUGUUUUGCCUCUUAAAGCUCCUCAGUUCCCCUACACAUUAAAGCCGAUCCUUUAGACAUCUUCAUUAUCUCCAGUACCAGCUCUUUUUACUUUAUCCUUUAGUAGAACUUCUCCCGUACCUUCGCCAUGUUCAGACCAGCGAACUUUCGUCAAGCUGCAAAGGCACUAGGCCAACCCACUCGCAAAGCUCUGACUACCUCAUUCUUCAGACCCCUCUCAUCUACGGCGCCCCUCUAUCGAAAAGAAGACGACAAGAGCAAGAAGGACCCUCUGUUGACAGCAACGACUAAUGCUCCCAAGGGUACUCUGGAGGCGGAAGGUCAAUACGCUCGUACCGACGAAAAUGUCAAGAUCGAAUACCCUGAUGACGAACAUAUGCCGCGAUCCCCAGUUGUGCAGGGCCGGGGCGGAAUGCACUUCAAGCGAACUCUCGCCGAUUUCUCCUUAGAGAACAAAGUGACACUGGUCACUGGAGGUGCUCGCGGGUUGGGAUUGGCCAUGGCUCAGGCCAUUGUUGCCUCGGGAUCUGAUCUAGCCAUUGUCGAUUUGAACAAGCAGGAGGCUGAAGAACAGGCAAAGAAACUAGUGGAGCAAUUCCAAAAGGAGAACCCGGGCUUGGAGGCAGAUCAGAUUCCGAGCGUCACGGCUCACUACUCCGAUGUCUCAGAUCCCGAGUCUGUGGAUACUGCCAUCUCCGAGGUGAUCCUGAAGCAUGGCAAGAUUGACCAUCUCGUUACAUCCGCGGGAUUUGCCGAGAACUUCGACGCUGUUUCCUACCCAUACGACCGCAUCAAGAAGCUGUGGGGUGUCAAUGUCGAUGGAACAUAUCUGUUUGCCAUCGGUGUCGCCAAGCACCUGCUGGAGCGCAAGGCCCCUGGUAGCAUGGUGAUGAUUGGCAGCAUGUCAGGCUCAAUAACGAAUGUCCCACAGCCGCAAUUUCCAUACAAUGCUUCCAAAGCCGCUGUCCGCCACCUCGCCGCAUCCCUUGCGGUGGAAUGGGCCGGUCAUGACAUCCGCGUCAAUUGCAUCAGCCCCGGAUACAUGCUUACUGCUCUCACCCGCAAAAUCUUGGAGGAAAACCGGGAGCUGCGCGAUAAGUGGAUCUCUCUCAUUCCUGUGGGCAAGAUGGGUGCCCCGGAAGAUCUCAUGGGCGCUGUCACCUUCCUGCUGAGUGACGCAUCUCGGUACAUCACCGGUGCCGAUCUCCGUGUUGAUGGUGGCUACACCUUGACCUAGAUCCAGAGCUGUACGCUAUGCUGGGUUCUGGUUUUGAUCUAUUUGCAAGGCUGCAUGAUGUAUGGAUAUGUCUGUUAAUUGAGCUGGUAACAUAGAGCGAGUUUACUUCUUGUAUUUAUGA